AUCCAUUGUGGGACACAGGCCCCGUACUUUUUGACUCUACCAUCAGCCUGGCCGUGAAGCUGGCGGAGGAAUACUUUUGAUGACGCAAAUGCCGUAAAAUUUCAUCCUUUCCGUCGAACUGACCGUGAGUGGAACAUGUCGAGUACAUAUGAUAGAAGAGAAGAGUGGCCUGCCGACCAAGAUGGCAAGAGGAAUGGGCCGAAUGGGCCGAGCGGGCCUCCCAGUGGUGGUGAAGAAGUUAGCCAAUACAAUGGACCUCCAGGCAUGGACCCCGAUGGUAUCAUCGAGUCCAACUGGGAUGAGGUUGUUGACAGUUUCGAUGCUAUGGACCUGAAGGAGCCUCUGCUCCGUGGUAUCUAUGCCUAUGGUUUUGAAAAGCCUUCUGCUAUUCAGCAGCGUGCAAUUAUGCCAUGUGUGAAGAAACAUGAUGUGAUUGCUCAGGCUCAAUCAGGUACUGGUAAGACCGCAACAUUCUCCAUCUCCAUCCUGCAGCAAAUUGACACAGCCAACCGUGAGUGCCAGGCUUUGAUCUUGGCCCCUACCCGUGAAUUGGCUCAGCAAAUCCAGAAAGUUGUCAUUGCUCUUGGUGACUUCAUGAAUGCCCAAUGCCACGCAUGCAUUGGAGGAACCAAUGUUCGUGAGGAUAUGCGUAAACUGGAAAUGGGUGUUCACGUGGUGGUGGGUACUCCUGGCCGCGUCUAUGACAUGAUCAACCGCAGAGCACUGAGAACAUCCAGUAUCAAAAUCUUCGUUCUGGAUGAGGCUGAUGAAAUGUUGUCCCGUGGUUUCAAGGAUCAGAUCCACGAUGUGUUUAGGACUCUGAACACUGAGGUUCAGGUCAUCCUCUUGUCUGCCACAAUGCCUUCUGAUGUGUUGGAAGUCAGCACAUGCUUCAUGAGGAAACCUAUCCGUAUUCUUGUGAAGAAGGAGGAACUUACCCUUGAAGGUAUCAAGCAGUUCUUUGUCAAUGUUGAGAAGGAAGAUUGGAAGAUGGAUACCCUUUGUGAUCUGUAUGACACCCUCAGCAUUACUCAGGCUGUCAUCUUCUGCAACACCCGUCGCAAGGUCGACUGGCUGACUGAGAGUAUGCACAAAAGGGACUUCACAGUUUCUGCCAUGCAUGGUGACAUGGAACAGCGUGAACGUGAUGUCAUUAUGCGUCAGUUCCGUACCGGCUCCAGCCGUGUGCUCAUCACCACUGACCUCUUGGCUCGUGGUAUUGAUGUACAGCAGGUGUCUCUAGUUAUUAACUAUGAUCUGCCGUCUAACCGGGAGAACUACAUCCACAGGAUUGGUCGUGGUGGCCGAUUCGGUCGUAAGGGUGUUGCUAUUAAUUUUGUGACUGAGGAUGAUAGACGUACCCUCAAGGACAUUGAGCAGUUCUACAACACCAGCAUUGUUGAAAUGCCGAUGAAUGUCGCCGACCUGAUCUAAGUGGCAUGUUUCAUCAGUCCACCUGUGGGGGAAGAGUUUUUUGGAAAUAAAGAUCAAAAUUUCAACGAUGAAGUUCACCAAAUCAGUGGUUUUAUUUUGUGGCUAUAAAUCCUGAGCAUACCUGCUAGCCCCUUGUCACUAAUUUUAAACAUAAUUUAUGCCCUCUGAUCUGUGUUUUCCCCCUUUUUGAAACUUUAAAUUUUAUUUGUUUAUUUUUUAUGAACUUGUAUUUUUUUGAGAUUUAUGGUUUUAUAUUUGAAACAUUUCUGAAUUGAACUGUAUGGCUAGUUUUCCAUUUUAUUACUAAUAAAUUGGCAAUUAAGACAUGGA